CCACCUCAUCACCCAAGCUGCAGGGAAAAGAGAAGUAUAGAGCUUUACAAUGACAACCAUGAUAGGAAGAGAGGAUGGCGCGGAUGAAAAGCCCAAAGUCAAGAUGCUGGCGCCUGCAUUUGGGAUCGAUAAAUCACGACUUCAUGGAUCUGGGUUUAGGUCUAAAGGCUUUGCCAUCACGGACCUACUGGGUCUUGAAACGGAUCUCCAGCCUCGCCCAUCCGGACCUUAUGGAGUAGGAGGACACGGGGAUGUUCAGAGCGCUGGGAUGGGAUUCCCUUUCGCUGGAGGAUCCUUGCCUCUUGGUCUGGGGUUCCUGUGCAGUUUGGCGGCUCAGCAACCUCCGGGGGGGCCCUGCUUCCUACCGAGUCACAUACCCCUCCUUCAGUCCAGGACGGAGAGCCAUUUCAUGCAGAAUAUGGAGCAACAAAGAGACGCCUACUCUGAUGACGAGUGUCUCUCUGGUGAACGAAACGAUUCGAAAAACUCAGGGAACUCACAGAAGAGAAAGAAAAGGAGGCACAGAACUGUGUUCACUUCUCAUCAACUGGAGGAGCUGGAAAAGGCAUUCCAUGAGGCACAUUACCCAGAUGUGUAUGCCAGGGAAAUGUUAGCAAUGAAGACAGAAUUGCCUGAGGACAGAAUACAGGUUUGGUUUCAGAAUCGUCGGGCCAAGUGGAGGAAGCGUGAGAAGUGCUGGGGACGCAGCAGUGUGAUGGCAGAGUAUGGGCUCUACGGUGCCAUGGUCCGCCACUCCAUCCCUCUGCCAGAAUCAAUCAUCAACUCCGCCAAAAGCGGGAUGAUGGGCUCCUGUGCUCCCUGGCUUCUAGGUGAGCCAGCAGGAAUGCACAAGAAGUCCAUGGAUAUAGUAAAGAAGUCCCCAGGAAUGCCAGAGUUUACCCACUCGGAUACUAACUCCGAGGAAACUAAAGGGAAAGACAACGACAUGUCCUGGCCAAAUCGCUCUCGUGGUAUAGACGACAGCGAGGACAUGGCAAUAGACCUAUCCAGCACCUCUAAGCAGGACAGCAGCAAGAGCACUUUGAAGUCAUCGUCGCCCCAAAGGGAUCCCAUUCGCAACAGUGAUUCAGACGAUGAAAGCUAAAUUAAUCCCGGUUGCAGACAGUGAUUCAGACGAUGAAAGCUAAAUGAAUCCCGGUUGCAGACAGUGAGCUUGAACAUUUGCGUGGAAAUUAUGCUCACCUGGAAGACAAUUAUUUUCCAAAGAUGCGCAACAUUCCCAUCACAUUAGGGGUGUACAGUGUACUUGUCUUAUUUCUUAAUAAUUGUAUUUGGACAUAUGUUUUAUAAAGUUGUUUGGUUUUAAAUAUAAGAAAAUAUUUCAUGUUUUAUUCAACUUUUGUUUGAUUUGUGUGUUGUUGAAAUGAUAUUUCAAAAAAGAAGAGAGAGGACCAAGGAGAGGAUAUAUCACCUCUUCUCCUGCAGAAACGUGUUACAUGAUAAAUCCAAAUGCAAUUUCUCUAAAAAACAAUUAGUGAAAAUGUACAAACCUCAUGCCUACAUUUCAUUUCAUGUUUUUGAAAGGUGGUGGUUAGGGUGUAAACCCCACCACCUGCAUUUGAUAUAAAAUAUAAACUAAAAUACACAGAUUAUCAAAUGGCACAAUUAUGAAGCACUUUAGUUGUGUUGAUACUGAAUGUCAUUCAGAGGUCAAUUUCACCGCAAUGACAGCAAUAAUAACAACACUGUAAUAACAGUAAUAUCAGGAAAACAGUACCUGGAUAAAGAAAUAAAAGUAUUUUUUUGAAA